AUGAAGCCACUCGACCAAAGGAACGUAGGUGGGGAACUCCUAGUUACCCGAAGAGACUACUUAAGUUGUUUUACCGGAAACGAGAGUUUCAGACUUUACCGGGGGAACUCACUAUAUGAACGAACUAGCCCGGCCAACUGGGGCAAUGAACUAGCCUUCUCAAUGCUUUACCGGGUACUUAGUUACGAGAACCAAGAGGGAAAGGUGCGGACUUGCUUGACUGCAAGGCAGGAAGUGGGGGAAAAUGCGCGAACUCGCCACUCUGGGCACUUCAAGAAACAUGAUUGUGUACACGAGGUCAAACAUCAUGUGUUAAGCAUGUCCGAUUUUGGCAAGAGAUCGGCCGUUUUAGGGCAUCAGUUUCCUCGGGCACUAAAAGCUGCUUCAGUUCCUGCUGUUAGUCCGGUCGACAAAAGAAAAAAGCCUAGCUGGCUAGCGGGUCUGGAGUUCCUCUCAGCUGUCUUGUCUCAAGUCCCUACUAGAACUAGACCUCUGGUAGAGGGAAUUUUGGUUUGGGCUUUAGUUACAGCUGUUUCGGAUCCCUGCGCCUGGCCUAUCGAAAGCGCUUACCUACGCGAGGGCUCAAGAUCAAGAACUGAGGGUCUCCUUACGCGUUUUUAG